CUACUAUCAAUUCUAGAAUUAAGUUCACAGCCAGAAUGACCAUAUUUCGUACAUUGAGAUCCUCCGAGAGCGAGCCGGAGCCCGAGUACGGCACCAAACAGCUGCACGACUCUGAAGAGGCGGAGGUAGACAUUGUCUUCGUCCACGGCCUCGGCGGAGCUCGCGAAGCCACCUGGACUAUCAACGAUGUGUGCUGGCCACAGGCCCUCCUUCCCCAGGACCUGCCCAAAACCCGCAUCUUGACCUUUGGUUAUGAUUCGCGGGUAGUCAGCUUCACGGCAGCUCUAUCGCAGAAUGGCAUCAUUGGCAAUGCGGAAGAUUUAUGUGCGCAGUUGUCUCGCUAUCGGACUGAAUCUGGAACGCGUCCGAUCAUUUUCGUAGCUCAUAGCUUGGGUGGUCUUGUCUGCGCACAGGCCGUGGUGGCAGGCAACCGGAGUGCACCCUCCGACAACACCGAGACAGUCAGCAAACACAUACGCGGGAUAGUAUUCCUAGGGACUCCAUUCUGCGGAUCCGAGAUCGCAAGCUGGGUGUCACGCUUCCACAAAGUAGCGGAUUACAUCUUCGAAAUCAACAAGUCGAAUAUCUCCGACCUGAGAAGUAAAUCGGAUACGCUGCAGCAUCUGAUGGAGGAAUUCGCCAAUGUACUUCGAAAACGGGAUAACUCGGAUGAUAGCGUCCAUACUACGUUUUUCUAUGAGCAGCGGAAGACCCAGAAUGUUAUGGUGGUUGACAGAAAUUCGGCUGCCAUUCCCGGUCGGGGAGAUAUGAUUUCCAUUCCGGCGGAUCAUAAGCACAUUUGUAAGUUUGGGUCGAGGGAUGAUGAGGGAUACGGGUUGGUUCUAGGGGCGUUGAAGAAGAUGUUGGUUAUUGUGCCCGUGAGGAAGAAGGAGAUUAGCCCGGUUUUCAACUUUAACAAUGCUGGUGCUGCUAUCAACAAUCAGGCUGGUCAGCAGACCAUCCAUGGGGGCAUGAACUUUGGUUCGUUCGGACGGUAGAUGUCCCAUCUGGGGCUUGGAGCAGUGGAUUGAUGGAAAGCCAUCAGGAAUCAGACGGAGGCAGAAUGCUUGUG